AUGGCUACUUCCAAACUCACUUGGCUCAUUACUGGCUGCUCGUCUGGCUUUGGCCUUUCCUUGACCCGUGCCGCCCAGGCUGGCGGGCACAAGGUCAUCGCGACCUCGCGCAACCCAUCACGGACUCCGGAGCUGGUUGCCGAGAUCGAGUCCAAGGGGGGCAAAUGGGUCCAGCUUGAUGUGGACAGUCGUGACAACGGCGAUGUCAUCACCGAGCUCGAAAGACGUGGCGAGCAUAUUGAUGUCCUGGUUAACAAUGCCGGCUAUUCCAUCUACGCCCCCAUUGAGACUGUCGACGAGGAGGAGGUGAGAACCCAGAUGGAGACUAUGUACUUUGGCCCUUUGCGUCUCAUCCAAGCCGUUCUGCCCCAUAUGCGUCAGCGAAAGUCCGGCGUGAUAGUCAACAUGAGUAGCGGUGCUUCGCUUGACGGUAUUCCCACUAUGGGUGUAUACGCUGGUGCAAAGGCUGGAUUGGACGCCCUUACCAAGAUCCUCGCUAAGGAGGUUGCCCCAUUCAACAUCCGCACCCUGACUGUCGUUCUCGGAACCUUCAACACCAACAUGCCUAACUCGGUUGUUCUGGGCAAGACUCCCCUGCCUGAGGAUUACAAGGGAACCUUCACUGAGCAGGUUCAGGGUCUUCUGGUCAAUGGGAAGCUCAAGCCCAACGGUGACAAGAACAAAGCAAUGCAGGCUGUGUACCAGGUCGUUAUUGGUGAAGGAGUUGGUGAAGGUCGUCAAACCGAGAAACUUCUCCCUCUAGGGAGUGAUAUGACACCUCGAGUGAAAGGAGUUCAGGAAUAUCUCAGGCAUGCUUUGGAGGUAUUUGGCUCUGUGACCACCAACGUGGAUAUUGAUAAAUAG